AUGGAGAAACCUAAGAAGGAUAAUACCAAAGCUAAACAAAGUAAAGGAGAUAAAUCCUUUAAAAUUAUACCAUUGUUAGAUGUAGUAAAUGCAAAUAUCCAAAAUUUUGGUAUUUUUCAAGAAAAUCUAUCCAUUGCUGAAAUGAUUUUAAACAAUCAUGCCUUGUUUUAUCAAUUAAAAGAAAUACAAGUACGUGCAACAGCUACUAUUAGAGAAAAUAGGACUGCAAAAUAUCCAUUGAUAGCGAGGAUCAUAGAUUUGAUAGCGAAAACAAAAUAUUGUUGUAAAGGAACGAAUGAAAUUGAAGAUGACGACCCCGAUUUACAAAGUAACCAAGAAAACGUUGAAGAAGAACUUAGUUUCAGAAUAAUCGAAGGUGUUAAUGUUGAAUUAGAACUAUUCGAAUUUCUCGCUAGCAUCCUCCAUAAAGAAAAACACGUUUGUGGGGGUUCGAUAAUAAGCCAUUUCAUCAUUUUAACCGCGGGACAUUGUUGUUUUAGCCGCGACAAGGAACGCUUACCGGAAAAUUUAAAAAUUUCAGUUGGAAGUAAAUAUUGGGCGGACGGCCAACGUUAUCAAGUGAUCAAAAAAUAUUUACACCCAUUUUACGAACGAAACACGAACGUAAACGACAUCGCUUUAUUGAGAUUAAAAGAGAAAAUUAUUUUCACGAAAGGUGUGGGUUGGGUCAAGAUACAUCCACUCAAAGUUCUUGACGAUCGAAUUAACAUCACCGCCACCGUUAUUGGUUGGGGUUACACAAACGACGAGAAACUCCUUGUAAAUAAAGCUUCUUUAGUUUUGGAAUCGGUCGAAAUUUUUAGCGUACCUUAUGAUGAGUGCAAAAAAUAUUACAAAAAUUUAAAAACGACGAAUAUUUGUAUGACGGGUUAUAAGAUGAGAGGUAGUUGUACUGGGGAUUCGGGAGGUCCUCUUGUUAGCACAGAAACUAGAAAAGUUAUGCAGAUUGGGUUAGUUUCUUAUGGGGGGAAUUGUAAUAAUAGCGUUCCAGAGGUUUAUACGAGAAUUUCGGCUUUUUAUGAAUGGAUUAAAGACACGAUGAGGAUUAGUAAAAUUGAGUUUAGUAAAGAAAAUAAAUUAAAAUAUUUUAUUGAUUUUAUUUAUGAUUUCCUUUAA